AAAGCACAAAGCAAUCCAAACAUAUUUGGGUGCAGGCACUGUAUUCAUCUAUCAACCAAAACAUUCUUCCCAGAACUGCUCCUCCUUCCAUGUCCAUAAAAAAGCAUUCCCUGCGGGACUUUGGACCUUCUACAGUUCAAUACACAUAUUUCUCCACUUCACAGCUGUUCAUUUGCUUGCUUCAAGAAAGAGAAACAUUCUCUCCAUCCAGCAUCACCGCUUGUGUAGUAUAACCCAUCAUUCAGCAUUACAAAGCACAUACAUAAUAGAUAACCAACAAACAUGGCAGGAGAACCUAUGAUCCUGGCAUAGUUGUACCCUAAAAUAAUACGUCAUCUCUGCCAAGUCUGGAGAGCCAUUUAAUCAUCUAGUUUGGGGGAGAAAAUGUGUGACCCUCCAGAGGCUGGACGGCAAUUCCCAUCAGCCAUGGAAAACAUAGCUGAUGGUAUGAGAUGAUGAGAAUCCCAGCCCAGCAUUUGGAGUCCCACAAUCCUUAUCACUAUUUGCGUUUGUUCUAGAACCAGAGUCUGCAUCAUCACAAAGAACUGGUGGUUCAAGCACAGAAUUCUAGAUCUUUGCUUUUUCCUCACACAAGAAUUCAGUUACACAGCUUCUCUCCUCAAAUGGGUAAUCUGCUCAGAGGCUCCUUCAGGAGGGACAACAAGUUGUCAAAGGAACCAAAUAGAAGAUGGACAAAAAACACAGCACUGAACAAAGAUUUUGAACAGAGGCUAAACAUACCCAGUCAAGAAAUAGAAGGAUGUUCUUCAAGUGGAUAUCGAAGAACUAAAGAUAAUGAAACGGAUAUGAUGCACCGUAAACCAAUUGAUGACUUUAACCUUUUUAAAGCUGUAAAACCUUGCAUCCCUCCUCUUCACUGCGCUAUACUGACUGGAUGUCAUCACAUCAUACCAGACUUGCUGAAGUGUGGGGCAGAAAUAAAUGGCAGAGGCCACUUUGGCGAAACUGCUCUCCAUCUGGCUUGUGAAUUGCUCAACCAAGAGGCCAUUGAAAUUUUACUCCACUGUGGAGCCAACAUAAAUCUCACAACAUUGGAAACAAAAAAAACGCCACUCCAUAUAGCAGUCUGGUCUUUCCCUUGGAAGGCUGGGAUCAUCUUAGGAGCAAUUAGCAGAUGUGUUGAGCUACUGCUAUUCAAUGGAGCAAAUGUACACAUGAAAGACUCGAAAGGACAAGAAGCUAUUCACUAUGCUUGCCAAAAUGGCAGAGAUAAUAUAAUUAUGCUUCUUUACAAUUAUGGGGCAGACAUGAACUCUUUAACUGAGCAGGAGGAGUCUCCGCUUUUUUUUUUCUUUGAAAAAGUAAGCAAUUUAAGGAAGGUAAAUGUACUGAAGAAACUGCUAAGCCUAUCAUAUCCUUUGAAACUGAUUAAUCGCGAGGGCCGUCUCCCCAAAGCACUUAGCCAUCCCAGAUGUAAACGGCUGAAAAACAUGCUCAGGAGAGAGGCUUUAAAAGUCUGGUCCUUACAGGAUAUUUGCAAAUUCAACGUCAGGAACAUAUAUAGAGGAACUACAAAAUACUCGCUGAUAGAGACCAUUCCUACCCAGUUGUGGAAUUCCAUAUUCAUCUAUGAAGAAUAUUCAUAUGCUUCAAGAAUAAAAGAUUAUUUUGCUUAAAGUACAAUACUCAUUUUAGAACAUCAUUUUACCAGAGGAGCAGAAAUGGGAUUCCAUGUUGCUAGCAAAAUAAAUUAAUGUA